AGUCGCCACUCGCUCAAACUUCGAAGAGUCGCCAGAACCUCGCCACUCGCUCAACCUUCUCGCCAGCGAAGAGUCGCCAGAACCUCGCCUCCUCCUCCUCCUCAGCCCAUCGUUGAAGACGACGCCCCUACGAUUCGAUGGCGAAAGGGGGAACUGAUCGGCUGCGGUGCUUUUGGCCAUGUUUACAUGGGUAUGAACUUAGAUUCUGGGGAGCUUCUUGCUGUCAAACAGGUGUUGAUCAGGGUGAACAGUGCGUCGAAAGAGAAAGCCCAAGCUCAUAUAAGAGAAUUGGAGGAGGAAGUUGAGCUCCUAAAGAACCUCUCUCAUCCGAAUAUAGUUAGAUAUUUGUGGACUGCAAGAGAAGAGGGUACCUUGAACAUAUCAAGUGAAACUAUUCAAAUUUCAAGGUAACGAGCCAGGAGCCCGGAGAGUCGCAGGUUGAUGGCGAGGCACUCUAGCUUCAGCUAU